UGUUUACAUUUUCGUUACUCGAAUGAGAUCAAGUUUGGUGCAGUGGUUGAUAAAUUUUGCAAGUUUUAAGUGAUUUUUGUGGCUGCAUUUUGAAAAUUGAUAAUAAAUAAGUUUCAGGUGAUGAUGCAUCAUCUGCGCCUCACAAGGCGCUUCUGUACCAAAGUUCACAAUUCGGACGCCGCCAUACGCAUUUACUCUUGCCGCUUUCGAGAAAAAGUUCCUCUCCAACUGCCAUCGCCAGCUCGAAUCACGUCAUUCUACACCUGUGGCCCAACGGUGUACGAUUCGGCCCACAUCGGCCAUGCCAGCUGCUACGUCCGGCUGGACAUCCUCCAGCGCAUUCUUAAAGAUCACUUUGGCCUGCGUUUGGUAACUGCGAUGAACAUCACCGACAUCGACGACAAAAUCAUUCGACGCGCCGCCGAAGUCGGCAAGCCUUGGACCGACAUCGCACGCCAUUACGAGCAGGAGUUCUGGACCGAUCUACAGCGACUGAACGUCCGUCCUCCAGACAUAAAACUACGUGUUACUGAUCACAUUCCUAGAAUAGUUGCUUUCAUAGAACAACUGAUCGCCAAAAACUACGCGUACAAAUCUUCAGAUGGUUCCGUCUACUUCGAAACUGCCAAUUAUCCUCAGUACGGAAAACUGCAGAACAUCCCCACAGAACAACAAUCUUCACCAGAAUCCAAAAAGUCCGCAGCAGACUUUGCCCUCUGGAAGGCCGCUAAACCUGGGGAACCCUCGUGGCCAUCGCCUUUUGGCCUAGGUAGACCCGGCUGGCACAUCGAGUGUUCAACCCUGGCAACGCAGAUCUUCGGCCGUCAGCUGGACUUCCACGCCGGAGGACUAGACCUGAGGUUCCCUCAUCACGAGAACGAGGAAGCGCAGAGCUGCUGCUACCAUGGAGUGGACGAUUGGGUUCACUAUUGGAUCCACACCGGUCAGCUACACCUGGAAGGCCAAACGCACAAGAUGUCCAAAUCGUUGAAGAAUACGGUAAGCAUAGGGGAGUUGAUGGGCAAAUACUCGGCCGACGAGUUCCGGAUGCUGUGUCUGUUGUCGCACUAUCGAAGCGUGAUAGAAUUUGGCGAUGAUUCCAUGACGGUGGCAACGAACGUCCUGAAGAAAUUCCGUUCGUUCUUCGGCGAUUGCAGAGCUUACGUUGAAGGGGUGAAACCAGCGGGAAUGAUCGAUUCGGGCGCACUCCACGGGAAGGUUCAGGAGGUCGAUGAGAAAAUUGAGGAAUUUCUGCGUAAUGAUUUCAACACCGCCAGUGUCGUGACCAGCUUGGGCGAUCUGGCAUCCACGGUCAAUAAAUCGAUCAAUCAGGGAAACAGUGGGGACGCGGCAAUUGUGGCAUCGGAAAGCGGAGUGGUUCAAGCAAUGAUGAAUUAUAUUCGAGGUAAGUUGACACUGUUUGGACUGCUGGAGUUUGAUGAGGAACGGAAAAUAAGUUCUGGUAGUGGGGACGGCCAUUCGAUUGAACAAGUGAUUGAGAGUAUGGUGCAAAUCAGGGGUGCUAUAAGAGUUCAAGCCAUGGACAGUAAGGAUCGGAGACUGUUUGCGAUCUGUGAUCAGAUUCGCGAUCGACUGAAGGAGGUCAAUGUAGAAAUAAAGGAUCAUGGAAAGUCCUCGUCGUGGAGUUACGUUAAACGAUAAAAUUGAGAUUAAGAAACUUGGGGGUAAUAAAGAUGUUGAAUACAA